UCACUCUUCUCUCCGGUCAGUUACAGCACACACGCACUUCUAGCUGCUACUUAUGGUCAACACCAAAACACCAUGUUAGCUGUGAAACCUCUCAACUCAAAUUUCUCCCUCCGCCGAUCGCCGCCGAUCCCCGCCGUAGGCACAGACGCCAGUCGCCGGAGGAUCUGUUUCCCAACAUCUGGAUGGCGGAUUCGAGCUGUGAUCAGCAGCGGAGACAAGGCUGCGACGUCGUUGGACAGCGACGGUUCACUGCGAGUGGUAGAAGAAGGUGGAGUGAUAGAAGUGAGGGCGGUGGUGACCAUAAAGAAGAAGAUGAAGGAGAAUUUUGGUGAAAUGGUUGAAGAUCAGUGGGAGUCUUUGCUCAAUGGAGUUGGUCAGGGGAUUCAGAUUCAACUUGUUAGUGACCAAAUUGACCCUGUUACAAAUUCUGGAAAAAGCGCGCAAACAUACGUUAGAGGGUGGCUACCGAAGCCUUCAAACGUUCCAUACAUUGUGGAAUACACUGCUGAUUUCACAGUGCCAGGUGACUUUGGAAGCCCUGGUGCUGUUCUCAUUACCAACCACCAUGGCAAGGAGUUCUACCUGCUGGAGAUCAUCCUUCAUGGCUUCGCCGGCGGCCCCGUUUUCUUCCCGGCAAACACAUGGAUCCAUUCAAGGAAUGUUAACCGUGAAAGUAGAAUCAUAUUCAAGAAUCAAGCAUACUUACCAUCACAAACACCAGCUGGUAUCAAAGAUCUUAGACGUGAGGACUUGCUAAGCAUAAGGGGUACCAAACCCCACAGAGAAAGCCUAAGAAAGCCACAUGAAAGAAUCUAUGAUUAUGCAAUGUACAAUGACUUGGGAAACCCUGAUAAGGAUGAAGGAUUUGCUAGGCCAGUCCUUGGGGGUGACGAGAGGCCUUAUCCCCGCCGAUGCAGAACCGGCAGACCCCCAACCCGCUCCGAUCCACUGUCUGAGAGUAGAAUUGAGAAGCCUCAUCCUAUUUAUGUGCCCCGGGAUGAAACUUUUGAAGAAAUAAAGCAGAACACUUUCUCUGCUGGAAGGUUGAAAGCUCUGUUCCACAAUCUUAUACCCUCACUCGCAGCAUCUUUGUCGAGUUCAGACAUUUCUUUCAAGUGCUUCUCGGAGAUUGACAAGCUUUACAUUGAUGGUGUUCGUCUGAGAGGUGAAGAGCAAAGAGGGGCAGUGGAAAAUCUCUUAGUGGGCAGGAUGAUGAAAGAAGUCCUCAGUGCUGGACAGCGAUUGUUGAAAUAUGAAAUCCCUGCAAUUAUAAAACGAGAUAGAUUUUCUUGGUUGAGGAACAAUGAAUUUUCAAGGCAAACCGUAGCGGGGCUCAAUCCAGUGAAUAUUGAGCUGUUGAAGGAAUUUCCUAUCAAUAGCAAACUAGAUCCUGCUGUCUAUGGCCCUCCUGAAUCAGCGAUUACAAAGGAACUACUAGAGCAAGAACUUGGUGGAAUGAGCUUAGAAAAGGCCAUAGAGGAAAAAAGACUAUUUAUUCUUGAUUACCAUGACAUGCUUCUGCCGUUCAUCAAGAAGAUGAACUCCUUACCUGGGAGGAAAGCUUACGCUUCCAGGACAAUUCUCUUCAAUACAAAGACCGGUAUUCUGCGUCCUAUAGCUAUUGAGCUUUCACUUCCUGAAAGCCCUUCUUCCCCGCGAAGUAAAAGAGUUUACACACAUGGGCAUGAUGGCACAACACACUGGAUUUGGAAGCUAGCAAAAGCUCAUGUUUGCUCAAAUGAUGCAGGUGUUCAUCAACUAGUAAAUCAUUGGUUAAGGACUCAUGCGUGCAUGGAGCCGUAUAUAAUAGCUAGUCAUAGACAACUAAGCUCAAUGCAUCCCAUUUACAAGCUGCUACACCCUCACAUGCGCUAUACAUUGGAGAUUAAUACAAUUGCUCGGCAAAAUCUUAUAAAUGGAGGGGGUAUAAUUGAGGCAUCAUUUAGUCCAGGAAAGUAUGCCAUGGAGCUGAGUUCCGCAGCUUACAAAAACAUGUGGAGAUUUGAUAUGGAGUCACUGCCUGCAGAUCUUAUUCGGAGGGGCAUGGCAGUGGAAGACCCUUCAAUGCCCUGUGGCCUAAAACUUGUGAUUGAUGACUACCCUUAUGCUGCGGAUGGACUACUAAUCUGGUCUGCCAUUAAAGAAUGGGUAGAAUCCUACGUUGAACACUUCUACUCCGAUCCAAAUUCAGUCACAUCUGAUGUUGAGCUCCAAGCAUGGUGGAAUGAGAUCAAGUUUAAAGGUCACCGUGACAAAAGCAAUGAGCCCUGGUGGUCUAAACUCGAAACCAAACAGGACCUAUCAGGCAUACUCACCACAAUGAUAUGGGUUGCUUCAGGCCAACAUGCUGCCAUAAAUUUUGGACAAUACCCCUUUGGAGGGUAUGUGCCAAACCGUCCUACCCUCAUGAGAAGACUCAUCCCUCAAGAGAAUGAUCAUGAUUACGAAAAGUUCAUUGAGAAUCCUGAGCUUGUUUUCCUGUCAUCACUGCCUACACAACUUCAAGCAACCAAAGUAAUGGCUGUUCAGGACACACUGUCCACUCAUUCACCUGAUGAAGAGUAUUUGGGUGAAGUAAAUCCUCUGCAUCAUGAUCAUGAAAUAUUGAAACUGUUUAGUAAAUUCUCUGCUAGACUAGAGGAGAUAGAGGAGAUCAUAAAGGCAAGAAAUAAGGACCCUCGCUUGAAAAACAGAAGUGGAGCAGGUGUGGCUCCCUAUGAACUUUUGCUUCCCACGUCUGGACCAGGGGUAACUGGUCGUGGAAUUCCCAACAGUAUAUCUAUAUGAUCAGUUUAGACUUUAGAUUGCAUUGGUAAUUUGGUAUGGUCACUUGUUGCUUAUUAAUUAUGUCUGGUCGGAUAAACUAUUUUAUGGGCAGAAACCGCUUAAAUUUAAGGAUAGCCCUGACUGAAUAUUUGAUGAGCAAUAAAGAUUCGUUGCACCGCUUAUAUUUAA